AUGUCCAAGCGCAGCGAGAACAAACGGGCGGCGGAGCUGAACAAGCGAAUGCAUUCCUUGCUCGGGUAUGGGCAGGCCCAUUGGCGCUCGCUGCCGGCGUCCACCUUCGGCGAGUCGCUGGCCGCUCUCGAGGACUUCAGGAGGGCGUUCGGCGGCAAUGCCGUCGCGAGCCGGUGGAUGGAGCGCAUCAUCGAGUUUGUCAGCCUUUCCAGCGGCACGUUCCCGGCGGCAGCGGCGUCUUGCCCGACAUCAUCGUCAUCAUCAUCAUCAUCGGUGACGGCAUCGACGCCGGUGGCUACGCCGUCUGCCGUGACGUCGCUCCCGCCCUCGCAGCUGCCGACCCUCCCCGGCAGCGGCGGUUCGCGGCCCAGCGUCCCCGCGCCCCGUCAGGCUCGCGGACGUCGCGACCGCAAGGAGGCCGCGAUGGCCCGAGCCGUCAGCAUUCUCGGCGACGACGCCGUCCGCAGCAUUCGCGACGAGUGGCGCUCGACGGAGGCGGCCCGGGGCGGAUCCGAGUGGCGGCAGUCGGAGAGGAUCGCGCGGUCAUCCCGGUCGGCGGCUCCCGCGUCCACCGCCUGCGGAAGGCCCUCGAGAGCGGCGUGGAAACGUCGCGCGCGAGGCGCCCGCCAAGGGUCCCGCAUCACGCGCUCGCCGCCGACGACCUCGAGGCCAUCAGGGAGAGCGCCUGCGCGUGGGAGGUCGAGGACGACUUUCCCUGCUCCCACCGUCGGCCUCGGCAGUACUCGGUUGAAGCCCAACGUCACCUGGACCGAGCUCUAUCGCCGGUACAAGGCCAAUUUGGAUGCCGUCGAGGGCAGCCGGGUCGUGUCGUAUUCGCGCUGGAUCCAGUACGUCCACGUGUUCUACCCCGGGCUCCGCUUGGCACGCACCGCGGACGACGCCUGCGACUGCUGCGCCCGCCUCGACGCCCGGCUCGCGCGCGGGGAUCUCCCGGCGGACGAGCGCGAGCGCCUGCUGCAGGAGAAGAAUUUGCCUCUCGCCGCGGCGGUCGCCCAGCGCCGGACGGUGUCCGCUUUCGUGAGGGAGUACGUCGAGCGGCACGCUCCCGGCCAGGACGUCCCGGCCGCCGUCGUUCCGGACCACUGCGACGACGGCGAGCCCGGCGCCGCCGACUCUGCCCGCGGACCGAGCCGCCCGCCGACCGUUCGGGUUCAGGUUGAGGGCUUUGGCGGGAGCUUCGCCAUGCCGCACUGCGGCCACGUGCGGCCGUCCGCCGAUCGCUUCGACUCGAGCCUGGCGCUGCGGAAUUUCGUGCUGGCGGACGUCACGAGCGGCGUCAACAGCGUGAUCUUCUACGACGAGCGUGGCCAAGGGAAGGACGCGGACGCGCUGUGCAGCCUCCGCUUCGUGCACCACAUGCGGCUGCUCGGCAGGCGCCCGGGCGCGAUGCCCACGACGCUGGUGGCCAUUCUGGACAACCGCGUUGGCCAGGACAAGUCUCAAGUGGCGUUCAUGUUCUUUGCGCUGCUGUCGGUCUUGUUCUACCGCAAAGUCGUUCUGUUGUACCUCCCGCCGGGCCACUCGCACAACCAGGCCGAUAGGGUCGUCGCGUGGUGUCGCAAUGCGAUGAGGGGCAAGAACUUCUACACGCCGUGGGAAGUCGUCGACGCCGUCAACCUGAUCAGCGGCGUCGAGGCGACGUUCUUCGACCAUCGCGAUGCCCAGCGCCCUUUCUACACGGGCUGGGAGAGUCUCCUGAAGAGGCACUUCAGGCCGAUGCCGCCCCGAUACGCGUCCAACUACUUCUUCGAGGUCGAUGAAGGAGCGCUUCGCAUGAGGCACCUGAGCUCGACUCCGGACGACGAGGUCACCUGCGUCCCGCUGGUCGCGCCGGGGAACGUCGACCUGCUUCGGCGAUCCGUUCUGCGGGAUAUUUUUGGCGCCGACGUCGACACGAUCGAGCAGGGGACGCUCGAGUCGGUCCGACUGCCGACUGCCCCCGUCGGCGGCCUGUCGGCCGAGCGGCUGGCCUCGCUGUCCAAGAAGUACUUCUCGAUUCCGCCCGAGCACUUGCCGUACUACCCGGCCGCCCCGGGCGAUGCCGGCCCGCAGAUCGACGGCCGUCCGGUGCCCGAAGGAGGCCCCGGUCGCGCGACGAAGCGAAAGCUCGCCGCCGUUGACGCGACGGUGGGGCCGGCCGCUGAGAUCGGUCCGGCAGCCAAGGCGAAAUGAGAGCAGCUCAACCAAGUCGGCUGAUAGCAUCGUCGUCGUCAUCGUCAUCAUCGUCAUCAUCAUCGUCGUCAUCAUCAUCAUCGUCAUCGUCGUCGUCGCCACCACCGUGGGAAUGUAGAGCUGCCAAAAUAAUCUAAACCUAGCCUGUUAACAGGCUGUCAGGGCAAGUGAUAAUUUAUACUGCGGCAGGAGUAGGAAAUCUGAAACGCUGUAAAGCUCUUUGUUUAGAGAUGUUCCAGUAGGAGGCACACGGGGUCGGAACGUUGCAACAACAAUAUCAAGACACAAAACAACACCGAAAGGAGUACAAAGCCAUAGGAAGGGUAAACACAUCACUUUAAAUAUAUUUACACAAUUAAAACGACAACUACUUGUAAAUUUUGGUUUAAAGCUUUCGUGACUGCAGGGAUUCAUAUUCUUGGUUCUGUCGGUAAAGUCACGUAGAAGGGAAACAAUAAAAUAAUAAAAAUAUAAAUCAAUAAAAUUCUCACGACGUUU